AUGUCGAAAGUGAUCCAGAAGAAGAACCACUGGACUAGCAGGGUUCACGAAUUCACCGUGAAGCGGGGACCCCAGGGCGAGCUGGGGGUGACGGUGCUGGGGGGCGCGGAGAACGGAGAGUUUCCGUAUGUCGGAGCGGUGGCGGCGGCCGAGGCGGCGGGGCUUCCCGGCGGCGGCCAGGGCCCUCGGCUGGGCGAGGGGGAGCUGCUUCUGGAGGUGCAGGGGAUCCGGGUGUCCGGUUUACCCCGCUAUGACGUACUGGGAGUUAUCGACAGCUGCAAGGAGGCCGUCACCUUCAAAGCCGUCAGACAAGGAGGAAAGCUGAACAAGGACCUGCGACAUUUUCUCAACCAGCGGUUCCAGAAAGGGUCGCCUGAUCAUGAGCUCCAGCAGACCAUAAGAGAUAACCUUUAUCGCCAUGCUGUGCCUUGCACAACCCGGUCUCCCAGAGAAGGAGAGGUGCCUGGCGUGGACUAUAACUUUCUGACUGUGAAGGAGUUCUUGGACCUGGAGCAGAGCGGGACUCUUCUAGAAGUCGGCACCUAUGAAGGAAACUAUUAUGGGACACCCAAACCUCCUAGCCAGCCACUCAGUGGGAAAGUGAUCACGACGGAUGCCUUGCAAAGCCUUCAUUCUGGCUCCAAGCAGUCAACCCCAAAACGAACCAAGUCCUACAAUGAUAUGCAAAAUGCUGGCAUAGUCCACGCGGAGAAUGAGGAAGAGGAUGAUGUUCCUGAAAUGAACAGUAGCUUUACAGCCGAUUCUGGUGACCAAGAAGAGCACAGUCUUCAAGAAGCAACGCUCCCGCCUGUCAAUAGUAGCAUCAUCGCCGCUCCCAUCACGGACCCUUCUCAGAAGUUCCCUCAAUACCUACCUCUUUCUGCAGAGGAUAAUUUAGGUCCUCUACCUGAAAACUGGGAGAUGGCCUAUACCGAAAACGGAGAAGUCUAUUUUAUAGACCAUAACACAAAAACAACAUCUUGGUUAGACCCUCGGUGCCUGAACAAGCAGCAGAAGCCUCUGGAAGAAUGUGAAGAUGAUGUAGUUCGCUUAGAGGCCUUCUACCUUGCCUUUAAGCUCCAGGCCAGUAUUUUAAUCUUUAAUAACACUGAGCUGGACAGUGAACUAGAACUGCCUGCUGGUUGGGAAAAGAUUGAUGACCCUGUCUAUGGUAUCUACUAUGUAGACCACAUCAACAGGAAGACACAAUAUGAGAACCCGGUUCUAGAAGCCAAACGGAAGAGGCAGCUGGAGCAACAGCAGCAGCAGCAGCAGCAGCCAGAAGUAAGCAAAUGAAAGGAAAAACAGCAAACUGUUUCUUGUCUUCUUGUAGAAUGGACAGAAGAUCAUUCAUCGCUCGUGCCUCCUAUUAUUCCAAACCACCCCCCAAGCAAUCCGGAGCAGGCCAGAGAACCUCCACUUCAGGGCAAACCCUUUUUUACACGAAACCCUUCAGAGUUGAAAGGCAAAUUCAUUCACACGAAGCUGCGGAAAAGCAGCCGUGGCUUUGGCUUCACGGUCGUUGGAGGGGAUGAGCCUGACGAGUUUCUGCAGAUCAAGAGCUUGGUCCUAGAUGGUCCCGCCGCGUUGGACGGCAAGAUGGAAACAGGAGAUGUGAUUGUGAGUGUGAACGACACCUGUGUUUUGGGACACACGCACGCACAAGUUGUGAAAAUCUUCCAGUCCAUUCCCAUCGGUGCCAGCGUGGACCUUGAACUCUGCCGAGGUUAUCCAUUGCCUUUUGACCCAGAUGACCCCAACACGAGUUUAGUGACCUCUGUGGCCAUUUUGGAUAAAGAACCAAUUAUUGUGAAUGGGCAAGAGACCUAUGACUCGCCGGCUAGUCACAGUAGUAAAACAGGCAAAGUCAAUGGCAUGAAGGAUGCCAGGCCAAGCAGCCCUGCAGACGUGGCUUCAAACGGUUCCCAUGGUUACCCUAAUGACACUGUCUCUUUGGCUUCCUCCAUAGCCACUCAGCCAGAACUCAUAACUGUUCAUAUAGUCAAAGGGCCAAUGGGCUUUGGUUUUACUAUUGCGGACAGUCCUGGAGGUGGCGGCCAAAGAGUGAAACAGAUUGUCGACAGUCCAAGGUGCCGAGGCCUGAAGGAAGGGGAUCUUAUAGUGGAAGUUAAUAAGAAGAACGUGCAGGCUCUGACUCACAACCAAGUUGUGGACAUGCUGAUCGAAUGUCCAAAGGGAAGUGAGGUCACAUUGUUAGUGCAACGAGGAGGGCUGCCAGUUCCCAAGAAGAGCCCAAAGUCGCAACCAUUGGAAAGAAAAGACAGCCAGAAUAGCUCCCAGCACAGUGCUGCCAGCCACCGAAGCCUGCACACAGCCUCUCCCAGCCACGGCACACAGGUGCUACCCGAGUUCCCACCCGCCGAGGCCCCGGCUCCAGAUCAGACUGACAGCUCUGGGCAGAAAAAACCAGAUCCUUUUAAAAUCUGGGCCCAGUCCAGGAGCAUGUAUGAAAACCGACUUCCAGAUUAUCAAGAACAGGACAUCUUCCUCUGGAGAAAAGAGACUGGAUUUGGAUUUAGGAUUCUGGGUGGCAAUGAACCAGGGGAACCUAUUUAUAUCGGUCACAUCGUACCACUGGGUGCUGCUGAUACAGACGGCCGCCUGAGAUCUGGGGAUGAAUUAAUCUGUGUGGAUGGGACACCAGUCAUUGGCAAAUCACACCAGCUUGUGGUCCAGCUUAUGCAACAAGCCGCCAAGCAAGGUCACGUCAAUCUCACAGUGCGGCGUAAAGUGGUGUUUGCAGCCUCCAAAACAGAGAACGAGGUGCCCUCGCCAGCCUCCUCCCAUCACAGUAGCAACCAGCCGGCCUCACUGACCGAGGAGAAGCGCACUCCGCAGGGCAGCCAGAACUCCCUGAACACGGUGAGCUCCGGCAGUGGCAGCACCAGUGGCAUUGGCAGCGGCGGCGGCGGCGGCGGCAGCGGUGUGGUGAGCACCGGCGUGGUGAGCACCGUGGUCCAGCCCUACGACGUGGAGAUCCGGCGCGGGGAGAACGAGGGCUUCGGCUUCGUCAUUGUGUCGUCGGUGAGCAGGCCUGAGGCCGGGACGACAUUCGGCAAUGCAUGUGUGGCCAUGCCUCACAAAAUAGGUCGGAUUAUUGAGGGGAGCCCUGCUGACCGAUGUGGCAAGCUGAAAGUAGGAGACCGGAUCUUGGCGGUAAAUGGAUGUUCCAUCACCAACAAGUCCCAUUCCGACAUUGUCAACCUCAUCAAGGAAGCGGGAAACACAGUUACCCUCCGCAUCAUUCCCGGGGAUGAGUCUUCGAAUGCCACUUUGCUGACCAAUGCAGAGAAGAUUGCCACCAUCACCACCACACACACCCCUUCGCAGCAAGGGGCCCAGGAGACCAGGAAUACCACCAAACCAAAGCCGGAAUCUCAGUUUGAGUUCAAAGCACCCCAGGGAACACAGGAGCAAGAUUUUUACACUGUGGAACUGGAAAGAGGUGCCAAGGGAUUUGGCUUUAGUCUUCGAGGGGGCCGAGAGUAUAACAUGGACCUCUAUGUUCUGCGCUUAGCAGAGGAUGGUCCUGCAGAAAGGUGUGGAAAGAUGAGGGUUGGUGAUGAAAUUUUAGAGAUCAAUGGCGAGACCACCAAAAACAUGAAGCAUUCUCGGGCUAUUGAACUGAUUAAGAAUGGUGGCCGCAGAGUGCGUCUGUUUCUGAAGCGGGGAGAUGGCUCCGUACCAGAAUAUGACCCCAGCAGCGACGGGAACGGCCCUCCCACCGGUCCACAAGGUGUUCCGGAAAUGAGGGCCGCGCCCCCUGACCGCCGACAGCAACCAUCAUUGGAGUCCAGUUUUCCACCCGAUCUUCACAAAUCAUCACCACAUGGGGAAAAGCGGGCACACGUGAGAGAUCCCAAAGGCAGCAGAGAGUAUAGCAGACAACCCAACGAACAUCACACAUGGAACGGAACUUCUAGAAAACCCGACAGUGGGGCUUGCCGACCCAAGGACCGGGCACCCGAGGGACGAAGAGAUGCCCAACCCGAGCGGAUGGUGACCAAUGGCCCCAAGAGGAGGCCCCCGGAGAAGCGGAGGGAGGGCACGAGGAGCGCUGACAACACCUUGGAGAGGAGGGCGAAGCAGGAGAGGGAGGCUUCCCCGGAGAGGAGGCGAGAGCGGUCCCCACCGCGCCGGAGGGACGGCUCCCCCGGCCGGCGGAGGAGGUCUCUCGAGAGACUCUGGGAUCAGAGAAGAUCUCCGGAGCGCAAGAGAGGAAGCUCGCCCGAAAGGAGAGCCAAAUCCACAGACCGGCGGCGGACCAGGUCCCCCGAGCGGAGGAGAGAGCGGUCCCUGGAGAAAAGGAGCAAAGAAGACAAAGGCGGCCACCGAGAGAGGGACGAGACGAGUCUGAAACAGGAUGCCAGCCGAGGUUCCAGACAUCCCCCGGAGCAGAGAAGGCGACCUUACAAAGAAUGUAGCACCGACCUCAGUAUCUGA